AUGUGUGUGUAUUUCUUCCCCAGGCGUACGUGUCCGUGCUUCGGAUCAACAACUUUCUGCUGUACGAGGAACUGGACGAGAACACAGUCAUUGAGAUGGCCGACUCAGAGCACGCAGUAACGUUUGAAGGAGCUGAAAUGACUUGGGAUGUAAAUGCGCCGUCUACCUUGAAAAAGGAGAACCUGGACGGCUCGCUGACCAUCUCUAGACGAGCGGAGAAGCAGAUGGAGGAGGGAAAGCUCAAGAAAGAUCAAGGGAAACUCAUCACCACGGAGGUGCUCGCCAAAGGAAGGGUGGAGCCCAAGGUUUACCUGAAGUACGCCCGGGCGGCCGGAAUCCUGCCCAUGACGGUGGCCAUCUCCUUGUUCUUCACAUUCCACUCGGUCAGUGUGGUCACCAACUACUGUCUGACAGCCUGGACCUCAGAUCCCUUCUUGGCCAACCGGUCAAACGACAUAGAGGAGUUGUCGGAACUCAGUGACAGCUACCUGCUAGUCUACGGUCUCUUCGGCUUUGCUCAAGUCUUCCUCCUGAUUGGUUACUACUACCUGUUCUGGACCCGGAUGGUCAUGGCGGGCCGGAACCUGCACUCAGAGAUGACCUCUCGACUCUUCCGCGCGCCCAUGGCCUUCUUCGACACAACGCCCAUUGGCCGGAUUCUCAACCGCUGCUCCAGGGAUAUUGAGAUUGUGGACAACUUUCUGCCCAUCAUCUGCCGAGAUUUCCUCGGAACAUUCAGCAUCAACUUCAUCACCAUCCUGGUCAUCUUGAUCGAGACUCCAGAGUUUGGCGCUGUCCUCAUACCCGUCAUCAUCUUCUUUUUCAUCGUUCUGAGGUUUUACAUACCUACUUCCCGACAGUUAAGACGAAUUGAGCACGUGACCAGGUCCCCAAUCUACACACACUUCAGCGAGUCUGUCUCCGGCUGCUCUACCAUCCGGGCCUACAACGUCACAGACCGGUUUGUCAACGAGUCCAAGCGCCGAGUGGACUACAAUGUCGUCUACUUUUUCGCUGCUUCUACGGCACUCAGGUGGCUGUCAGUGAACCUGGACACCCUGGCCAACAUCGUCAUCUUCGCCGCGGGCCUGUUCCAGGUCCUGUCUCCGGACAGUGACGCCGGGAAGGCGGGACUCACUGUGUCCUACGCUCUACAGAUCUCGGGCGGUCUACCUUGGAUGGUUCGACAGCUGGCAGAUUUUGAGACCAACAUUGUGUCUGUAGAGAGGAUCAAGGAGUACUCUGAGAUAGAGCAGGAGUCUGACUGGAUCGUGAACACCAAGCGUCCCAUGCCCAGCUGGCCUCCCCACGGAGUGGUGGAGUUCAGCAAUUACAGCGUCCGCUACAGGGAGGGCCUGGACCUCGUCAUCAAGGGAAUCUCCCUUAGGAUAGAGGCUGGAGAGAAGGUGGGCGUGGUGGGGCGGACAGGGGCGGGCAAGUCUUCCUUGUCGCUGUCGCUGUUCCGGCUGAUGGAAGCCGCCGGCGGGAACAUCUACGUGGACGGCAUCGACGUCGCUGAGAUCGGCCUGCACGACCUCCGGUCAAGACUGACCAUCCUGCCACAGGGUCCUAGUCCUUGACGCUGGUCUGGUCAAGGAGUUUGAUUCCCCGGCCAAGCUUCUGGAAGACACCAGCUCCACAUUCUACUCAAUGGCCGUGGACGCCAACCUGGUGUGAAGGCCCACGGCUCGCCUUGUGCGUGGAGCCAAGAACUUUUGUGGUUCCAUUCCCACUUGUCAAGAGACGCUCAGUCAUCAUAAUUUUGUAAAUUGUAGCUCUCUGCAUUCGUGAAUGUCAUUACGCGUGGAGCUAAGCACUUUUGUGGUUCCAUUCCCACUUGUCAAGAGACGCUCAGUCAUCAUAAUUUUGUAAAUUGUAGCUCUCUGCAUUCGUGAAUGUCAUUACGCGUGGAGCUAAGCACUUUUGUGGUUCCAUUCCCACUUGUCAAGAGACGCUCAGUCAUCAUAAUUUUGUAAAUUGUAGCUCUCUGCAUUCGUGAAUGUCAUUACGCGUGGAGCUAAGCACUUUUGUGGUUCCAUUCCCACUUGUCAAGAGACGCUCAGUCAUCAUAAUUUUGUAAAUUGUAGCUCUCUGCAUUCGUGAAUGUCAUUACGCGUGGAGCCAAGACCUUUUGUGGUUCCAUUCCCACUUGUCAAGAGACGCUCAGUCAUCAUAAUUUUGUAAAUUGUAGCUCUCUGCAUUCGUGAAUGUCAUUACGCGUGGAGCUAAGCACUUUUGUGGUUCCAUUCCCACUUGUCAAGAGACGCUCAGUCAUCAUAAUUUUGUAAAUUGUAGCUCUCUGCAUUCGUGAAUGUCGUUACACAGUUGCAUUUGAGGUUUUCUUUGUUUGAGGAGAAGGGGAGUGGAGUUGAGAGUUCUGAAUUGUUUUUGUGUUAUAUGUUGUUCUACUCGUAUGUACCUUGUUAGUGCAUUAGGGAGUGUGUGGUCAUCUCUUUAAAAAAGAAAGAAAGAAAGAAAGAAAUCUGUCCCCG